AUGGCGAGUUACAUGGGAAUGAUUCUUCUGUGGCUGACUGCUGUGGUUCCACAAUUGCAGCCUUUAUCUUGUGACCAGUUGAAGCACAAGUGCAGUGCUCCAAAUGGAGCUCAAAUCAUUCCCUUGUUGUCUUCAUUUUUGCUAAUGUCUGUUGGAGCUGGUUGUAUUAGGCCUUGUUCUAUUGCUUUUGGUGCGGACCAAUUUGACAACAAACAAAAUCCCAAUAAUGAGAGGGUUCUAGAAACUUAUUUCAACUGGUAUUAUGCUUCUACAGGAAUCUCAACUGUUCUUGCCAUGACUGUUAUUGUUUACAUCCAGGAUCAUUUGGGUUGGUCAGUUGGAUUUGGAAUCCCUGCCAUUCUCAUGGUUUUCUCUGCUCUGAUGUUCUUAAUUGGCUCCUCUCUUUACAUCAAAGCAAAACCUAGUGAGAGCUUGUUUACUGGAUUUUUUCAAGUCCUUGUGGCAGCCUUUAGAAAGAGAGAGAUUCAAUACCCUUUGGACGAAGAAUACAAGUGUUACCAUAGAACCCGGCAGUCGAAGCUUCUAUCACCCACUGAGGAGUUCAGGUGUUUAAAUAAGGCUUGUGUUGUUCAAGACCCCGACACAGAGUUAACUUCAGAUGGAUUAGCUUCAAAUCCAUGGAGACUCUGCAGUGUGGAACAACUUGAAUCACUUAAGGCUCUUCUCAAAGUCAUACCCAUGUGGUCCACAGGCCUUGUACUUAUAUUGACCAUGGACCAAGGUUUUCUAACACUUCAAGCAAAUUCCAUGGAUAGGCACUUGUUCUCAAAUUUUGAAAUUCCUGCAGGAUCCUUUAGUCUGUUCAUGAUAAUUACUUUAACAAUUUGGGUCGCAUUUUAUGAUCGUGUACUAGCACCGCUAUUGGCGAGAUAUACUGGUAAUCCGCAAGGACUAAGUCCCAUAGUACGGAUGGGCAUGGGGCUGAUUAUGUCAUUUACCGCAAUGGUAUUGGCAGGUGUAGUCGAGAGCAUAAGGCUGAAAAAAGCAGUUGAGGAGGGGGUUGAGGAUGAUCCUGAUGCUGUCCUAGACAUGUCUGCUAUGUGGUUAGUGCCACAGACGGUAUGCAUUGGAUUGGCUGAAGCUUUAAACGCAAUUGGACAGAUACAGUUCUUUUACAUGCUGUUCCCCAAGAGCAUGUCCAGUGUUGGAGUGGCUAUGUACACAUUUGGGAUGGCUCUGGCUAGCCUGAUUGGAAGUCUUCUGGUGAAUAUUAUCAAUAGCAUUACUAGUCAUGGUGGUAAAGCAAGCUGGUUGGCCAACAACCUGAAUGAAGGUCAUCUUGACUACUAUUAUUGGCUGCUCGGCUUCUUAAACUUAAUCAACUUUUUCUAUUUUCUCUUUUGCUGCCGCUUCUAUAAAUCUCAUCACAACAGCAAUAUGCUAUCUAAAAAGGUACCAGAAAAAGAAUCUGGUUAUGCUCCUUUACCUUCAGCUUGAUGAAUAUGUAAUACUAAUGUUGUCCCUCUGCUACAAUUUAUGUAUCUGCAGUGAUUACAACAAUUCUAGCAAUAAAUAUGAUGAAUGUAGGAAAUAAUCUUUAUCACUAUUUUUGCUUACUUCUGCUCCUUAUGCUGUUACUCUGAGAAAAGAGUUGUACCUAAAACUCUGCACGUACAUUCCUUAUUUGGAUAAUUUUUGGAUGCGGGCCUUUGAGUUUGAUUUGCCCAAUUUA